AUGUUCCAGCUGGACGAUAUCAAGACUGAAUAUCAUCUGCGCAGUGGCAUUAUCACAAAAAUUGAUCACUUUGCUGAUUUCUGCUGCCACACCGCCACUUGCUCACAAGUACCCGAAAAUCUCACACCUUGGGAACCCUUUUCGUCACACAUCGACUUUGACUUUGUGGAACUGGUCCUGAAAGCAAACCUUACUAAAGUACAGACCAAUGAGCUUAUUAGUCUCAUCUGUCGCACUGCAUUUGAACAAUUCUCAGUCACUGACUACAAUGGUGUUUGUACGAUGUGGGAUGCAGCAUUCCCUCAUCAUGCAAAAUUCAAAAAGGAAGUGAUUUCGGUCUCACAUAGGGACCAGGACCAUACAUUUGAUGUUUGGUAUAGGCUGCUCUGGGACUGGGCUUGUGAUUUGUUGAAAGACCAUCGCCUUGGUCUGCACUUUGUAUUUGAUGCCCAAUGCCUGUACAAAUAUGAUGGACAAGAUUUCAUGCAUUUUUUUGACGAUCUGUGUACUGACAAUGCUUUGUGGGAUAGUCAAUCAUCUUUGCUGAAGGAUGAAGGAAAACCCUUUGCAUUUAUCAUAUAUGCUGACAAGGUGAAACUCUCAUCAUUCAGUCGUCAAAAGGCAUAUCCUGUCAUUGCGCGAUGCGCAAACCUACCUGUUGGAAUACGCAAUGGUGAAGGGUUUGGUGGUGGCCGACUUGUCGAAGAAGAUAGGAAAUAUUCCGGAACCCAGUCCUUUGUCAAUUUCAAAAAUGUUGUCUGGCAUGAAUCAUUUAAGUGCUUUUGGGUCAAGUGUUGGGAUGGCAUUGAACAUCUUUUUUACCCACUUAUUCUCAUCCUAUCAGCUGACUACAAGGAACAAUGUGUCAUGGCCUUGAUACACAGAAAAAAUUGCAAGUGCCCUUGUCCCAUCUGUCUUGUUCCUAAAGACGAACUUGGCAAUGUCCUCACACCAUAUCCAUUUCGAACGAGCACAGCUAAUUCAUUUUCAGAUAUUGCUCACACAGAUGUCCAUUCCACGGUCUCAUUUGACUGCUUGCACAUAAAUAAUGAAGGCAAUUUCUCUGAUCAUCUUUGGACCCAGUUUCAAGAACACAUCAAAUCAGUAAACCAGCAGGCACUGGCCAAAAUUGAUGAACACUUUGACUUGAUGCCACAUUGGCGAAAACUCAACCACUUCAACCACGUCAUGGAUAUAUCUUUUUCUGAUGGCUCAAAGUACGAAGAUAUUUUGAAGCUCCCUUAUCUGCUCCUUUGUUGCAUCCAUGAAUAUGUCAAUGUCAACAUGUAUGCAGCUCUCAAAGUACAUACAUCCAAAACGAUUGCCGCAGGCCAUCAAGCUGUGAGAGAGUUUACACAACUGUUGGAUCAAUAUAGUGAGAAAGACAACUUGGGGAAGAACUGGGCUUACCCAAAAAGACAUGUGCAUGCUCAUUUGUUUGAUGAUAUUGAGGCAAGAGGUGCCACACGCAACAUGAAUACCAAACCGAAUGAGAAGUGUCAUGGCCCAAUCCGACAAACUUAUCUUUGGUGCAUGAACUUUAAAAACAUUGCUGAACAGAAGAACUGUUUACUUUCAGGCAGAGAGGAUAAUGAAGAUGACCUUGAUGGUGAUCCUGACGAUAUGUUCCAUGUUAAGUUGGGUGCAGCACAAAAUGAGCAGACAUUUGAAGACUUGGAGCAGCUGCAUGCAAAUGACAAUGCAUUCAAGUGGUUCCAUAUCAAACUUGCAGACUUUCUCAGUGAUUCUCUCCCCACCCAUGGAAUACCACUACCUAAUGCAAAAAGAAUUAAGUUCACAUCAAAUGAAACUGUGACCAAGCAUCAGUUCUUGAAAGUCAACUUUGAAUCUAUCAUAGACUGGCAAAUCACCACUGAUUAUCUUCGAUGCAGCCCUUCAUUUCACAACUUUGCUCGAUAUGACUGUGUUAUCCUUCAAACUCAAGCCGGACCUAUGUUUGGGCAUUUACUGAUGCUCUUCACCUGUAUUGUGGAUGGUCAAACUCAUCCAAUCGCUCUUGUUCACCCUUAUAAUGCUCCAGUUGGGCAGCGCUCUCUCAAAGACAAACAUCUUCAAUUCUGGCAUGUUUGCGAAAGGCCAAGGAUCUCAUCUGAAUUUUUUUCAGUUCGCUCAAUCAUCCGUGGUGCAGCACUAACAGAAGAUCACAAUGUCCCAGGUGACUACCUGGUCAUUGAUACCAUUGAUACUGACAUGUUCUUGCGCAUGAAGUUGAUGCAUGGGUCUGCCGGUCGUCUAGCAUGA